AUGCCCAAGAACCAAAUUGUCGUUUGCGUGUUGGCCACACUGGCCAUCACUUGUCAAGCAUUCAUAAACCCAACAUCCUCGUCAGCUAGUGCAUCCCACACGGAUUCCAGUCUGAAUCUGAAUCGACGAUCCUUUGCCAACGCUGGUGUGACAGUCGCAGCCGGAUUGAUAGGUGUCGCUUCACCUGCUUUUGCUGGCAUUGAUCCUACACUCCUCAAGUCGCUCCCUGUUCAAGGCGACGAAGCGGGAACGGUGCAACGUCUACGACAAAUUGAAGCCAUACAAAAACCGGCCACCGAUUUGGUGGACAUUCCAUUUGAAGAGUUACCCAGUGGAGUGUCGUAUAGAGAAUACCGGGAAGGCAAGGGAGAAGCAGUUGUCCAAAAGGGUUCCAAGGUUGCCGUGGAAAUGACCAUUCGAUGCAAAUCCUUUUCCACUCAGAAUGAACCUGGUGGCGUCAAGUACUUUACCACCAAGCAAGAUACUGAAUUCAAUGAAUUGGCCUGGACCAUUGGUAGUGGAGAAAUCUUGCCAGGAUUGGAAGAAGCCAUGAUGGGGAUGCACAAAAAUGGUCUGAGACGGAUUGAAGUUCCUUCCACCCAAGUCUUUCCAGCAAAGAAGGCCGAUCAGUUGCCACUGCCCACCACCAAGGAUGGCAAGCGCAUAUUUGAGAGAUUGUUCAAGACGGACGCUACGCUAUUGUUUGAAGUACUAGUGACAAGAAUCAAGUAA